GUCUAUCACCCGGCAAGCCCCCGGCCCGGACUCCGGAGGGAUGCGGAGCGGCAGUGGCGGCGGCGGUAGCGGAGACUGUGGCUUUAAGAGCGCGCAGGGAGCGCUGGAGUCAGCCGUGCAGUCCUUCGUCGCCAGGCACUCCGGAGCAGCCGAGCCUGGCGCUGGCGGGACCGGGCAGCCUGCCGCCAGGCUCUGAGAAGCAGCUGUAGACCUCUACCAGAGAGUCCUUCCUCUGAAGACGUCACCAGUGUGUGGAGCCUGCCGCACACCCACCCCCCGCCAAACCACGGCCUUUACCUGUGUCUUUCGGUGUUUCCCGUGCGACCCGUCCUGUGGGAGUGCCUCGUGGGCUGCCCCAGAGUUCGCCCCACGCUCAGCCGCCCCAAUGGUGAAGAUGACAAGAUCCAAGACUUUUCAGGCAUACCUGCCCUCAUGCCACCGGACCUACAGCUGCAUUCACUGCAGGGCUCACUUGGCCAAUCACGAUGAACUCAUUUCCAAGUCGUUCCAGGGAAGUCAAGGACGAGCAUACCUCUUUAACUCAGUAGUUAACGUGGGCUGUGGGCCUGCAGAAGAGCGGGUGUUGCUAACAGGACUCCAUGCAGUUGCAGACAUUUACUGUGAAAACUGCAAAACCACUUUGGGCUGGAAAUAUGAACACGCUUUUGAAAGCAGUCAGAAAUAUAAAGAAGGCAAAUACAUCAUUGAACUAGCGCACAUGAUCAAGGACAAUGGCUGGGACUGACCUGACAGCAUCCAUCCGGUCCAGCAUCCACAUGAAUGCCAUCCAACUGAACAUUCUACCCAAGCGUGAGAGAGUGACUGAACAAUUGGUUCCAUCCAUUUAGGGGCCUUGCCAUCAGGGGGCAUCCUCCCACCCUGACGCCAUCUUUUUGGGUGACUGGCCUCUAAAUCGCUGUCUCUCUGUCUCUUUGCUUUGUAUCUGUUUGUGAGUUGAUCUUGGCUUCUCUGUUCUAGUGUUGGCUGAAAACAAAAAUACAGAACAGAACAGA